AACGUGAAAAUGUUGUUGUGUGUAGUGUAGAAAGGUCUAAAUAAAUUAAAAUUAAUUUAUUUGUACCGAAAACAAUGGAAUUUAUUAUGUACAAAUUAAUAUUACUAUAUAUGCUGAUUCGGUCAACAAAUCUACAACUACUUAUUAAUGUGAAAAAUCAGGGUGGUGAUGUUAUGCAGGAGAACAUAACAGCAAAUGUGUCCGAGGACACAGUCACUCUUGAAUUUCUGCGAUUAGAUGGAGUUUUUGUAUCACAGCUUGUUGAUUUUACAAAUGAGGUUGAAGCAAUGAAGGUUGUGAUCCCGGGCGAGGAGGAGCUGGGCCAGGCGGGGCACCAGGCGCUUUGCUUCCUCACGCACGCCGCGCAGGCCGACUUCAUCGCGCCCGACGCCAUGGCCAAACUCAGACAGAAAAACCCCGGCACUGUCCGUGUGGCUGAGGAAGACAAAGGCUGGCGGCAGACGACGGCGACCGCGUGGGCCGAGCGCGCCGCCAGCGUGCUGUCGCCGCCCGCCGCCCGCCACUGCGCGCGCGCCGCCGUCUUCCUGCGCGCCGCCGACCUGGCGCGCUGGGCGCCGCGCCCGGGCUCGGAGCAGCAGUCGCUGGCGUCGCUGGUGUCUCCGUUCCCGGAGCGCGCGCUGUCGGCGGAGGGCGAGGCGGGGGGCGCGCGGGGCGUGCCCGCCUGCGCCGGCGCCGCGCAGCCAGCUGACGAGUGCAUCUGCCAUCUGGAGGUGUGCGUUAACUGGUACCCGUGUGGGUUAAAAUACUGCAAAGGCAAGCCGCAGGGCGGGCUGAGCUACCGCUGCGGCAUCAAGACGUGCCGGCGCUGCUACCGGCACCUGUUCUACACCGCGCGCCGCGACGCCUGCCCCCGCACGUGACGCCGCGCGCCGCGCCGCCCGCGCGACCCUCCCCUGUGCCAAAUACUCUACCACCUAUCCUUAAGCAUAGCUUUGUUAUACUUUUAUAAACGCCACCGUGAACGUUGCGAUAAUACAAGCUUUACAUACUUUUGUAAAUAUUGUUAAUAAUUUAUAUUCUAUUGUAAGAGCAAAGUAAAAUAUUUUAUAAUGAUGAAAAACCUAUUUCAUUGCCGCUCCGAUAAUUUUAAAAAUGUAAACUAUGUACAAUAUUUUAUUUGAUGCAAUACCAAAAAAUUUAAAGAUUGUGAACAGGACUUCCAAUAAAAUUCUACCACUGAUUCAGGAUUCAGGUGCACUAUUCA